CUUUGUCCUUGCAGUGCAUGAAUUAUCUUUGACGCUACAGGAUGCUCUGCAAUCCAACAUCCUCACAGGUAUUUCCCUUGGACCGAAUUGCCCUCCAAUUCACUCUUUGAUGUUUGCCGACGACUUGAUUGUUUGUGGCAAAGCAAAUGUGGAAGAAGCUAGUGCUAUUUUCAAUAUCAUAGACCAUUUCUGUCAGGAAUCAGGGCAAACUCCUAACUGGAGCAAAUCUGGAAUUUUAUUUAGCAAAAAUGUUCCCUUGCAGGUCAAACAAGAUAUCAAAACAAUCUUUCCGGUGCCAAACAUUGAUGAGUCUUUUGUUCAUCUAGGUCACCCACUUGUUAUGCCAUGCAAAGAUAGAUCAGCAGCUUACAAUUUUGUUUACGACAAAUUCAAAUCCAAGCUUAGUGCAUACAAAGCCAAUAGACUCUCACAUGCAGCCCGAUUAACUCUCAUAAAAUCUGUUUUCUCUUCUAUACCUAUCUACUACAUGUCAAACAUUCUGUUCUCCAAAAAGUUCCUCGCUAAACUGACAGCCAUCAUUAGGAAUUUCUGGUGGACAGGUGUUCAAGAUGAUCGGACAACUAAAAGCUUGUGCCUUAGAGCCUGGGCUGAUGUGUGUACUGCAAAAAAUAUUGGGGGACUUGGUGUUAGAAAUAUGCAGGCUAUCAAUCAAGGUUUAAUCCUAUCAGCAGCUUGGAGAUUGGCAAAGGAGCCGCACAAUCAGGUUGCUCAAAUACUUAGAGCAAAGUAUCACCAUGACACAUCCAUAUGGAGGGCCAAGUCAAACAUGCCAAAAUCAGCCUUCUGGUCGGCGGUUCUCAAGCCAAGAAACAGCCAAUGCAAUUCUUCAAACGCCUAUAAUUGAUGCAGAUGGACAAGACAUACUUGUUUGGAAACUAACCCCUACAGGUCUUCACUCCCCAAAAAGCGCAUACAAGCACUGCUACAACAAUCUCCAACUUCCUCCGAGGCAACGUCCAAAAAUUGUCCCCCAACAGGUCAUCUCCCUUCUUAACCAGGUUUGGGACGAUAAAGAAAUGGCACCAAGAAUUCAAACGUUUGCUUGGAGGCUUCUCAGGAAAGCACUCCCAACAGGUAAGAGGGCAAGCAGGUAUUCU